AUGGUUCGAGAGGUUCGGGGAGACCCAUGGUGGAGGUGGAGACGACCCAUGAAAAUACAAGGUCGUGAGUGCACCGGAAACGUGCACGGUGAAUCGAGAAGUCGUGUCUAUGCAAGCAUAGUGCGCGAUGUGCUCGACCUGACGAGCUUCCAGCGAAAACAAUCAACAACGGUGUUGGAUUGUGAAACAACGAAAAUGGAUUGGGAGAACCGAACGGUGUCGCUGCUACUUUGCCUAAGCAUUCUACUCGCGACGAUUCACAACGGUAAUGCCGAACGAAAGAUCGUAUGCUACUAUACAAGCUGGUCGAUCUAUCGACCAGGUACAGCCAAGUUUUCGCCGCAAAACAUCAAUCCGUAUUUAUGCACCCACUUGAUCUACGCUUUCGGCGGAUUCACCAAGGACAACGCUCUGAAACCUUUCGACAAGUACCAGGACAUUGAGAAAGGUGGAUAUGCCAAGUUCAACGGCUUGAAAACGUACAACAAGAACUUGAAAACCUUGUUGGCUAUCGGAGGUUGGAACGAAGGUUCCAGUAGGUUCUCUCCGAUGUUUGCCGACCCUGACAGGAGACGGGAGUUCGUCAAGAACACCAUAAAGUUUCUGCGAAAGAACCACUUCGACGGCCUCGAUCUUGACUGGGAAUAUCCAGCCUCUAGAGAAGGCGGCAAGCCUCGGGAUAAAGACAAUUAUGCCAGCUUAGUGCAGGAACUCAGGGAGGAAUUUGAAAGGGAGUCUUCAAAAACCGGAAGACCGAGGCUUUUGGUAUCGUUGGCCAUGCCAGCUGGUAUCGAGCAUAUCGAGAAAGGCUACGACAUUCCUAGAUUAAACGAAUAUUUGGAUUUCAUCAAUCUUCUCUCGUACGACUAUCAUUCGUCUUACGAUCCAGCCGUCAAUCAUCACGCACCUCUGUACCCUCUCGAGGAAGAUAACGAGUACAGCUACGACACCGAAUUAACGAUUGAUUAUACCGUGAACUACCUGUUAAAAAACGGCGCCACCCCGGAGAAGUUAGUUCUAGGAAUUCCAACGUAUGGCCGGACCUAUACCCUUUUCAAUCAGGAUGCCACUGAUCUAGGAUCGCCAGCGGACGGUCCAGGGACCAAGGGUGACGCGACUGGCGAGAAAGGCUAUCUUGCUUAUUACGAGAUCUGCGAGAACCUGGAACAGUCGGACGAUUGGGAAGUGGUACAACCAAAUCCAAAAGCGAUGGGUCCCUAUGCGUACAAGGGAGACCAAUGGGUAGGUUACGACGACGUAGAGAUGGUCAGAUUGAAAGCCAAGUACGCGAAUGAAAAGAAACUAGGAGGAAUUAUGUUUUGGACGAUCGAUAACGAUGACUUCCGGGGAAAAUGUCACGGUCGUCCCUAUCCCCUGAUCGAAACUGCCAAAGAGACUCUCUUGACAGACAGCAGCACGAAUGCUGUUCAAAAAUCGAAGGCAACGGAUAGCCGUAAGAAAAUUCGAGUGCAUGGAGCUCAGAGCAAUACCGUGGCGAGAAGAACUGGUUCGAAUGUCAGGCGAAGCACCACGACUGCGGCCCCUGUCUCGAAGAACCGAAUUUCCUCCUCUAGACCCAAGUAUCGGACAAUUUCACGGUCCAGAGCCAGCGAGGAAGACGAGGAGGAUGAACAAAUCGACAGGCAAUUUUACGAUUCGUCUUCUAACGAGGAAGAAAAUUCUGAGAGAGGCAACGUGGUCAGAAGUAUAAACGAAAACGAGAGGACAAGGAACAGGAACAAAAGUAGACCGAAAGGUCGAUCAAGUUCCAAUCGGAAUCGUAGGAAGCCAAUUCGCCGCAAGGAACAAACCAACGAUGAUUCGAAGGAAGAAUCACUGAGUAAUAGAUUAACCACUCCGGAACCUCCGACAACGCCUGAUCCCGGCACAGAUUUCAAGUGCGAGGAUGAAGGAUUUUUCCCGCACCCUCGUGACUGCAAGAAAUACUUCUGGUGUUUGGAGAGUGGUCCAGGUGGUCUCGGUGUGGUGGCUCAUCAGUUCACAUGCCCUUCUGGACUGGUGUUCAACAAGGCAGCCGAUUCCUGUGACUAUCCGCGCAACGUUGCGUGUCCGAAAUCGAAACCUUCGCAGUCGACCGUGUCCACGACCAGAGCGCCGAUAACAGCUGCGACCAGUCGCACGACUUAUCUCUACAGUACCACACGUAGAUCGACCUCCGAGAAAUUGAAUACGGAGGAAGAUUACGAGUACUACGACGAGGACGAUGAAGAGGACGAAGAAGAGGAGAAGGAAGAAAAGGAGAAGCCUAAGGUGACUAGUACUCCGAAGACACUUUUAUAUAAAACGAUCACCAGAAACAAGUCUAGCACUACUACGACCACGGAGGCACCCUCCACCACCUCAAAGACUGAUAAACACGUUGCUCAGAAGGAAAUUGAUAUCGCGGACGAAGAGGACCCUAAAGUUAUCAAAGAACUGAUAAUGCUGAUCAAGAAAGCAGGCGGUAUAGAGCAACUGGAGAAGCAAUUGUUGCUUCAAAACAAAAGUCCUAACAAUACGGCAAGUUCUGGCAGCGAAAAUGCUACUCCAGCUACGAUAAGUCGUACCUUGUACGAACGCGUAUUGAAUCGUCAAGCCGGUAAAAUUGCAAACAGGCAACGUACACCUACGAAUGCGAACGGGCCGGGAAAAGCACAAUUCGAAGGACUGGAUGAAGUUCCAGAGGUGAAAGGUCUGAGACGCUCGCAGAAGCCGCAGUACGUUACCAUCGAGAGAUCAAAACCUUCCACGAAGGAGCCGCCAACUGAGGACGAAGACGUUGACGAAGAAGAUGUUGACGAGGACAACACAGACGUGGCUUCUUCCGAGGAGCAAACGAUCAGCAAUCCCUUUUUAACUAGUUCGACGCAGAGAGCAACGCCUAAUUAUAUCAACAUCAGACGUCCGCGCCCUUCGACGUCAAGAAACGAGAACGACGCGAAGGAGAAAAACAAGGACGAGGAGGAAGAGGGGCCAAUUCGACGUCGUCGUCCUGGCGUGUCUUCGAAUUCCGAAAAUACCAAAGAUCAGGAAUCACGUUCGGCCACGAACGAGGAAAACUCGCAAACAACAAAAUCCAGAUAUGUCAGCGUUCAAAGAUUCAGGAGCACGACGCCACAGUCAACAGAGGCUGUUUCGGAAGUUGCAUCCACUAGUCAAAGCCCAAUCACGGAAUCAGUCGUUUCAAGUGAGCCGCCAAAAAUCGAUCAGCAGGUGGAUACCACUACGACGACUGCUGUGAUAAAUAUUCAACCUUCGAUCGGCUUAUCUUCGACACCAAACGAUAUCCUUAUUGACCCGGAAACGGAAAAACCGAUUUCAACCACUACUCCAGAGGCAAGCUCGACUACCGAGUCCGUGAGACUAGUCGAGGAUUCGGCAACGGAGAUCCUUUUAACCACGGCGCCAGCAAGCUCGUCCACGUUGUCGUCUCCAAAUACAAGGAUCAGCACUGCAACGGUAUCUCAGCCACGACCAUUUGGCUUUAACCGAAGAAAUAGGCCUUCCACCGAGCCUACGACCACUCCACUUCCAUCAUCCAACGAUCAGACGAGGUUCAAGGUCGCCAGCUCGGAAGUUAAUAGAUUACCAACCCUCAAGGAACUAAUUGGUUAUCAAACGAACAAUUACACCAGCAGUCCGUCACCCAUAUUCUUGAGUUUGUUUCCUCUUAAAACGAAGAACAAAGAGGUUUUAUCGCGUGAAAAAGACGCGAAUUCGAUUCUCGAGGAAACUACAGUUCGAGAGGAUAUAAUAUCGAAUGAUACAGAAUCGAAAUCCUGGAUGACAAACAAACACGAUAAAAAAGAAGAGAGGAGUAACACGGUUCAGAACGAUUUAGAUUUAUCCAUAGACGAUAUAGACGCCUAUUACGUUGAUGACAAUAGCGCGGUUGACGAUGACGAUACUUCGUUGACUAAUAAGAAGAGGAUAGAUCGCGAAGGUCCGUUGACGACUACCCUGAAACCUACUACCAUGCGUGGUAUUCCUUUAGUGAAUUUACUAAAGAGCAAGGUACCGCGUGGAUUUUACGUGACUAGAAGCGAAACGGAACAUCCGAUAUCAGAGAAACUGGAGGAUGAAGCGUUAACCACUGAGUUUACAACUCCGUUGAUAGAAAGAAACUAUAAUGUCCCUGAUAAAAUUGAACGACCCGACAUGGAUAGAAAAAUGGACUCUGAUCUUCAAGAUGAUGAUGAAGAAAAUUCCAAGUCUUCGACCGAAGUCACUUUGAAUUCCUAUUUGUCUAAAAAUAAUAAUGGAGACGUGGUCAGAAUCAAGGAUGAAGUCGAUAGCGCAACUUCUUUGAUGGAUCAAGAGCAUACAGAGAAAUACAUACCAACUACACCUGAUGUAUCGUCAAUAGUUGAUUUCACAGAGAUCGAAAACUUGGAAAAAGACAUAACAUCUUCGGCUUCUUCAGCUAUUACUAUUCCAAUUCAUCCGACACCUAUUACAUCUACUCCUUCGUCUCCUACUGAACCAGAGCCUUCGAUAGUUUCUAAAUCUAUCGAUACUAUGACCGAAACGUCUUUAACUAAUAAUAAUAAUAAUACAAAUGACAAUAGCAUCGUUACAGAUGAGACCACUUCGAUUUCUGUGACUGAAGUACAAUCGAAUGUCGUGUCCAGGACAAGCGUAUCGGAACCUGUAACAGAAGCAGAAUUGUAUUCAGAGAACAGAACAUAUGCCGCAGAUUUGGAAAAUGGUUAUUCAACGAACGGAAAGAUCGGUAAAACGUACACUGAUGAAGAUGGGAAAAACUCUACGAGAAAUAACGAAGAUUCCAAGUUGACUUCGUCGUUGACAACCACGACGUUUUCUUCCACUAGUGUUGCAGAACUUGUUGAAGCACCGACUACUCGAACCGAGAGAACACUGAACAAAUCUAACCUUCGUCGACAAAAAACUAGAUUUAAUCCCAGUUACGAAUUUGGACGUAAGUCUGGAAAUCGUCAUUACGUAAGUCCAGCAGCAAAGGAAGGUCAAGAAGAUUCGAUAGAAGAAGUAAGAACACAAUACCCUCGACGUAGGAUUAUUAAUUAUAGAAAAUCUCAACGCAGGCGUGUCGUUACUACUAGAACUACGAAUAACUCACUCGUCUAUGAGACAACUACUCGUUACGUAAAAAAGACAAAAGCAAAUAAUCGCGUAAGAAAUCUAAAUGACCGAGAGAGAUCGUAUAAAGAAGAGACAAGCGUGGGAAAGAAGCUUAUGCCAAAGACAUAUCAGACAGGAAACAAGGCUGUCUUCAAAGAGGAACAUCUUCGGAUCGAGGAGAAUAUCGAUCGAUUCGAACCCGAGGUGAAUUCCUCGAAGAAUACAGUAACAACUCGUACACCAGGAAAUUUGCCGUCAACCAGGUUGAGGAAACCCUCUACGUUCAAUUCGACGUCAUUGCAAAGCAAAACUGCAAACACAUUCGCGAACCAUCGAAAAACUCAUCUGACCGACGGAAAGUUUCAGACUCAUGUUAACGAAACACUCGAUGCCAUGGAUGAAAGAACAGAGACACCGAAACCUGAAAAAGAUAUUGAUCAAAGUAGUAGGGCACAAGAAAUCGCGGUGACUUUGGCGGAUCCACCGUCUCCGCAAUCAUCAGCCACCGGUCGACCACUGUUAAGGAACGCCCUGAGGCGCAAAAUAAGCACUACGGUUGCACCUAGAACAGACGCAACAACAAGCAGGGCUACUCUCAGGUUCACUCCGACUCACAGAGGUCGACAGAAGGCGAAGACGAAGGAUAAAACUCAACAAAACGUGACGACAAGACCUAUACGACCGCCAGUUAUCGAUUACGAUUAUUACGAGGACGAGGAGGAACCGGUGAUUGGAAAAUCCAACUUCAACGGAAAACUCUUUCUCACGAACAAAGGAACUAUCCGAUGUCUGGAUCAAGGCAACUUCCCUCAUCCAGAUUCUUGUAAAAAAUUUAUUACUUGCGCAAAAAUGGUGAACGGCUUGGUAAUUGGGGCCGAGUACACUUGCCCCGAUAAGUUAUCCUUUGAUCCGGUCGGUGGUAUUUGCAACUGGUCAGCCGGACUUGGCUGCAAGGAGUAAUUUCUUCCAAAGUAUGUGUUGAACGUUAUCUUGAAAAUUACGUAAAAAUAUUAAGUGUUCAGUGAAACUGAUAAAUCAGGCACAAGAUAACUUUUAUCACAAGAUCAAAAUCAAUUAAUUGACGAAUCUGAAAGAUUCAUUUUAAUCUUUACAAACGCAUGUAGCCAUAACUAACGGAAACGAAGCGUGGUGAUAUUAUCGUUAAAAAUUUGUCUGUAAAUAUUAUAGUUAUUGUAUAUACAUAGGUU